GAAAGGUAUAGCGGUUUUGUUAGGACGGGAUUUUAAAACCAGCAGUUCUUACCCACUCUCAGAGCAUCGCAUCCAGCCGCACAUUGGGUAUAUCUCCCGUACGGGUGCUCUCGUUUCACAGUGUUCGCACGUUUAUUUGCUUUCGGGAAAUCCCGUCUACCUAUAAAACGCUGGAAUCAGUUGACAAUUUUUUCCGUUCAUUUCAACGAUUACUUGACUACAUUUUAGUUUUUACCAAUCCUCUGUGGGUCUUCAUUCUUAGAGAGAUCCUGUCUUCGAUUUCAUUUCGUCGGAAGGGAGGAAUAAAAAGAAGAGUGAUCGGAAACCAAUUACGCGUCCGUACGACCUCCUGCAUGGGAGCUUUUCCAAUGGCUCAAGCGAAUGCAAGUCGUUCUGUGUCGAAUUCGCUGAGUUGCUUGUCAUCUCAUUCAUCGUUUCAAUUAGGCUUCCAGAUCAGAAAAUCUCACGGAACCAAAUCGUUUAUCAUUUAGUGCAAGGCUUCUCGUCGAAGUUUUGGUGGGGAAUCCAAUAAUAAUGACAAAGAACGCGACAACGAUUACCUCGAAGCCUUCAUUAUGGCUUCAGAAAUAAAGUGGCAGUCAUCUGGUCAAUUAUUUCCUUUUCCUAUUCAAGGAAACGAGUCCAAAGCUGAUGUUCCGUCGAUUGGUCAAGGGUUUCUUCAUCGUUUUCGGAAUCCUACAAUUUUCCUAAAAGUUUCUUGUGAUGGAGACUUCUUAUUGCCAAUUAUUGUUGGGGAAUAUGCUGUCAAAAAAAUAAUAGAUGCAUUCAUGGAGGAUAAAAAUGGGGAUUCUCCAGACCAGUUCCAGUUUGUGAGAAAUCUUGUAGAGAAACUUGGCUAUGAAGUGAAAAUGGUGCGUAUUACGGAAAGAGUGGUUAAUACUUACCAUGCCAGAAUAUAUUUUAGCAAGCGAGGGGAAAAAGUUUUUCUAAGUGUGGAUGCACGCCCAUCAGAUGCCAUAAAUGUGGCCAAAAGAUGCAAGGCUCCAAUUUAUGUCAACAGACAAAUUAUCUUGUCUGAUGCUAUUACGAUUGUUUACGGAGCACACAGAAGAAACCGUGCAAAGUCAGUUUAUGAUGUAUCUUUGGACAGUGCUGCAGGUGGUCCAGAUAUACUGGCCAAGGAACUUGAUCUGGUGAAAAGUAUCAAGUUAGCUGUUAAAGAAGAAAGGUACAGAGAUGCAGCAAUGUGGAGAAAAAAACUCUUAAAGCUCCAAACAUCAAGCUAUGAACUUUAGGUGGUUUGUAAGAAAAUCUUAAGUCAGAGGAACCAUAAUCCCGUGGAACAUGAUGCAACAGAAAAAAUGUCUUCAAAAGAAUGAGGGCCUGUAGUUGGACCUAGUUGUUGGGGGUAGCUUUUGGGGUCUGCUUUUUGUGUGUUGCCAUCUCGUAGACCCAGGUCACUUGCUGGUGACUCGGUCUACAUUUUUUGUGGUUGAGGGGGUAAUGGACCUGGAUUCCUGGUUAGGUGACAGGUCGACCAGUCUGGCGAGCCGGGUCAACAAUGGGUUGAAAACAUUAGCUUCAUGGGUUUAGAAGUUGGAGCUUUGUCAUUGGACAUUAGACCAUUGGACGUUGCACCAUAUUCUGGAUUAUCAUGGCAUCUUUUAUUCUUGACUUAUGUGCAUCAGUGCAUGGAAUAUGCAUGUAUAAACAGUGGUGAAUUCCUUUUUAUGGAGCGAGGAAGAAAAAAGGUUCUAUCGUCUUGUCAGGAGUGCUAAAUUACUGGGGAAUAUUUCCACGCUCAUCCAAUGUACAUUGUGAAUAUCUCUCACGCAUGUAUAUUAAAUUCAUGGGGAAAUGUUUUUCGUGUGUGGGUGGAUGCAUGUGCUUAAGACUACAAA